AUGUCGAGUAUCUUAUAUUGGAAUGUAAGAGGUGCUGCAGACUCCAAACUGCCUGAUAUUAUUCAGGAUUUGAGAAGAAUAUAUAGAUUUAAUGUUUUGGCGAUUUCUGAGCCUCGAAUUAGUGGAGACAAAGCUAAAAAUGUUGCAAAAUCUUUGGGCUUUUCGUCUUUUGCUAUUGAGGAUGCUAAUGGAUUUUCUGGUGGUCUUUGGCUUUUAUGGGAUGAACGACAUGUGAAAAUUGAAGUGGUGGAUAGUAAUUUUCAGUCUAUUACCUCUCUUGUCACUGAAUCUGCAGAUAAGAAAUGGUUCUUCACUGCUGUUUAUGCGAGUCCUGAUCCUGUUUUACGUGAAGAGUUAUGGUCCUGUUUGGAUAAUUUUAACUCCCAUUGUUCUAUCUCUUGGCUUAUUGCUGGUGAUUUUAAUGAGUUAAUUUCAGAUGCGGAUAAACAAGGGGGACGAGCUGUUCUUGGUGGGGGUAGUUUUGCAACUUGGGUUGACAGAAACUUCAUGAUUGAUAUGGGCUACAUUGGUGCUGAUUUCACUUGGAAGGCUACCAGAAAUGGGGAAGAGAUUUUGGAGAGAUUGGAUAGAGGCAUUUGUAAUAUUUCGUGGAGACAUGAGUUCCCAGAUGCUUUUGUUCAGCACGUUGCAAGACUUAAAUCUGAUCAUUGUCCUAUUUUUCUUAGUUUGAGUAGAGCUCAAACUCCUUCUCUAACUCUCAAACCUUUCCGUUUUGAGGCAAUGUGGCUGAAUCACUCGGGGUUUGGAGAAUUUGCAAAGCAAAAUUGGUCUAUGGAGGAAGUUUCAAUCUCCAACAAAAUGGUCUUGUUUACAGAUGCAGUGAAGAGAUGGAAUGUGGAAGUUUUUGGGAAUAUCUUUAGGAAAAAAAGAAGAUUGAUUGCUCGCCUUGCGGGUAUUCAAAAGGUCCUCUGCCAAAGGAAGUCUCCUUUUCUUGUGAAUCUGGAGAAGGAAUUGAUGAAAGAAUAUCAUGAGAUUUUAAGAAGAAACAGAAUCGAAGGGCUUGAAGAUGAGUAUGGCACUUGGAGGACUGACAGAAAUGAUCUGCAUUCUAUUGCUGUUAGCUAUUUCAAGGGAUUAUUCAGAGAAAAGAAUACUUUAGGAGUAAGUGACGCUAUUCCUAAUCGUUUCCCAAGAAUUGAUCCAAGCGAUCUUGGUGACCUCAGUCGUGAUGUUUCUGAAUUAGAAAUAAAGAGUAGUAUGUUCUCCAUUGGUGGGCUCAAAGCUCCCGGCCCUGAUGGAAUUCCUGCAAAGUUCUUCCAGGCUCAUUGGUCAACAUGCAAAGAUGACAUUAUUAAGAUGGUUAAAGAGUGCUUUGAUAAAUGUGAGCUCCCUGAGAACCUGAAUAACACGCUCAUUGCUUUAAUUCCCAAAGUGGCAAGCCCUCUCUCCAUGAAGCAGAUGCGACCGAUUAGCCUUUGCAACACUUUGUAUAAAGUGGUCUCAAAGAUCAUUGUGCAAAGAUUAAGGCCCAUGAUGAGUACGCUAGUCUCUCCUACUCAGGUUAGUUUUAUUCCUGGCCGAAAUAUUACUGACAAUAUUAUUGUAGCUCAAGAGCUUUUGCAUAAGUUUCGAAACUCCCGAGGGAACCUUGGGUUUAUGGCUUGGAAGAUUGAUCUUGCUAAAGCUUAUGACAAGCUACAGUGGCAUUUUAUUAAAAGUGUGCUAUGGGAAGUGGGUAUUCGGGGUAAAUUAUUACAGCUGAUGAUUCAGUGUUUUACCUCUGUCAAUUCCAGAGUCAUAAUUAAUGGAGAAGCCACUGAAAAUAUCAGUCCAGAGAGUGGGCUAAGACAGGGUGAUCCUUUGUCCCCUUACCUGUUUGUCUUAUGUAUGGAGAAGCUUUCUCAUUUAAUUAAUUUUCAAGUAGAACAAGGUACUUGGAAACCGGUGAAAAUCUCUAGAAAUGGCCCUGCUGUCUCCCAUCUUUUCUUUGCAGAUGACUUGAUCUUAUUUGCAGAGGCUUCUCUUUCUCAAGCUGAGGUAAUGCGUUCUUGUAUUGAUUGCUUCUGCUUAAAUUCAGGCCAAGAAGUAAGUUUUGAAAAAUCCUCCCUUUUCUGUUCUCCAAAUACUGAGGAAGGGCUUGCUACUCAAUUAUCAGACAUUUGUGGUUCUCCAUUAACUGAUGACUUAGGGAAGUAUCUUGGAGUGCCUCUGUUACACUCAAGAGUUACCCCUGAGACUUAUAAAGGCCUAGUGGAGAAGGUCCAACUCAGACUCACUUCUUGGAAAAGUCACACCCUCUCGAUGGCUGGGAGACACACCUUAAUUCAAUCGGUUACAGCUGGACUACCAAUUUAUACUAUGCAAUCAGUAAGACUUCCUAUGUCCAUUUGUAAUACUCUUGAUCGUUUGAACAGGAACUUUCUUUGGGGGCACACUGAAGAACAGAAGAAAAUUCAUCUUGUGAAGUGGGAUACAGUCUGUAAACCUAAAUGUUAUGGUGGCUUGGGUCUGAAGAAGACAUGUCUUGGUGUUUUGGCUGCUAUAGCUUUGAAGCCUAUUCCUCCCAAUGUCGAAGGGCUAAGAGUGUGUGAUGUUUAUUGUGGUGGAUGGGAUUUACACCGGGUGCAAGAAUUUUUAUCUGAGGAUGUGAAGUUAAAAAUUUUGAGUAUGCAUGCAGGAGGUAUUCGCAGUGGUGAUGACACGAUCAUUUGGAGGUUAUCACAGAAUGGGAUUAUUUGUGCUGGAGGAGCCCUUCGAAAUGAUAAGGGGGAAUGGAUGAAUGGAUUUGCUGUCAAGUUGGGCAUUGGUCAAGUUGUUGAGGCUGAACUUUGGGGGCUUCUUAAAGGAAUGGAAAUGGCUUGGCAGAAUGAGUGUAGACAAUUGAAAAUUGAAAUGGAUUCACUUGUUGCGGUUAAGUUGGUUCUCUCUCCCAUUGCUCAUCUCCAUCCUCUUUAUAGUAUUGUGGCAAGUUGUCAGGAACUCUUGAGUAGGGAUUGGAAUGUGUCCCUUAUCCAUGUUUACAGAGAAUGUAAUUCAGUGGCUGAUUUGUUAGCAAAUAUUGGGCAUGGGUUUGAGCCUGGAUGCAGAUUCUUUAGCUCUCCUCCUACUGAUGUUGUGCCUCUUCUGGAAGCUGAUCUAUUGGGUUUGUCCAAACCAAGACUAAUUGUGUUUUAG